GUAAGUCCGAACGUAAGUGAACACGAAACAGUGACGCUCACAAAGAAGACCUCGUCUGUUCACCUCUUGCGCGAUGUGAUUGGUUGUGAAUGCACUCCACAGACGAACGGGUCUGUGGACGACAGCUUGGGGACAGGCAUGACGUCACAACCAGGCGAUUUCAAGUUCUCCCACGAUGUAUUAUAAAUGGGAGUGAGUCGUUUCUACUCUCCUAUACACUUCAUAGAGCAGUAAUUAUCUGCAUGACUUAGGUAUACCGAGACUGUGAGAUUAACGAAUCAUGAAUAUCGACAUCCCGAAGCUGGUCAAGGCCGCUGUGCCGGAUUCCGAAGGGCGAAAUGCGCGCAUCGUCUCGGACAAUUGGAACCGCCCGGUCCACAGAGAUCCUAACUUCCUGUCCAAGGACUUCCCAAGAGGUCGACCGAAGUUGUAUAUCAGUGCGGAAAGUGAAGAGUUUGACCAACUCACGCUAGACGAGUGGCGCGAUGAGGACUUCGACGUGGAAUACCUCCCAAUGGGGGGUAACGCGAAAGAGUACCGGGACAAACUCCGAUCGUUGAGCAAAACCAAUAUGGGCCCUUGUGAGACAUUUGGAAUCGUGGCAUACGGAGAUGCCGCAGCUGCCUGUCUUGAACACUAUCAUGUCAUGGACAACAAUCCAGAGUUCAAGCUGGGUCUUCUCAUCGCAUACUACCCAACGGCGAUCCCUGAUCCCAAGGGUCACUUUCCCAGCAGCAUUUCCGCUCUUGUCCAUCUCGCCGCGGGUGAGGAGAUUGGUGUCACAAAGCGGAGCCAGAUGGUCGGGAUUCAAGGAAAACGACGCACGACUCGCAAAAAGGUGGAAAACGGCAUGGGCAUUGGCGGAAUGUUGCAGCUGGCGUAUCCGACUUACACCUACGAUGCGGAGCCCGGUUUUGCAGAGCACGAUUUGGACGAAUACCACCAAGUUUCCGCUGAAUUGGCAUGGAGCCGAAGCCUUGGUGCGGCGAGGAAGGCGUUCAAUAAUCAUGCCGACUUGGAGCUCGUGUUGGAGCAAAAUGUGCAGGGCAAGUUCUUCACUCGCAACCUAAACCAAACCCUCUCGUCGUACACAACACACAAGACGCCCCACGUCACUCAUAUGCCGACAUUGACCGGAGGGGUCGGAGCCCAAGAGCUGGCAAUGUUUUACAAGCAAUUCUUCAACAACCCCCCGUCAAUGAAACUCACGCUUAUUUCCCGCACUAUCGGGACUGAUCGUGUCGUUGAUGAGGUUCACGUCCGUUUCAAACACACGGAAGAGAUGCCAUGGAUUCUGCCAGGCAUUCCAGCAACAAACAAACGAGUCGAGGUGCUUGUCGUUAGCAUCGUUGGGCUGAGAGGAGGCAAACUCUACCACGAGCAUGUGUAUUGGGAUCAAGCGAGCGUGUUGGUGCAAGUUGGCUUGCUAGACCCGAAUCUUGUGCCAGAAGCAGGGCGCAAGAUUGGCGUUGAGAGACUGCCCGUUGUCGGUAGAGAAGCGGCAAGAAGAGUUCUGAGAGGGUGGGAUGACAACGAAGGGGAGGCCGACAAUGAGCUUGUGCCGGGCUGGCAUGAAGAAGCGGUCGGAGAUGAAAAGACAGCCAAAGGCAAGCAAAACAGUGGAGGGACGACCAAGGACCAGAAAGGGAGCCAGAAGGAGGAAGAUUUAGCUGCGAAGACGUUAACGGAAAGGCCGAAGCAUACAAGUACAACAUAGGACUGGCCUUGCUUGUCCUACAAGGAACCUAUUCCACACGAGAUGAGGAAUUGUAUCAAUACUCAAAGUCUCAUUACAUCCUCCUUUGCACGGAGACUUCAACGUACA